AAGGCUAAUGUUUCAGUUGCUGUUGGUAGUUUGGUGCAGCAGGAAUAGCUGAGGAGUGCGGUCGAUUUUCUUUUGACUGAACUGUAGAAUACUUAUUGAAUUUGUAAACUACAAGAGAACCUUUUUCUGUAACACACGCGUUGCCGUGAUGGCGCUCAAACGGAACUGCUUCGUUUUCUUUCUGAUGUGGCAAACCGUGAAUGGGGACGUGAGCUAUUCCUUUCAGGAGGAAAUGAAGCGCGGAUCUGUUAUUGGGAAUAUAGCGAAGGAUCUUAACCUGGACUCGAGUAAACUGUCUGCUAGAAAUGCCCGUGUUGAUGCCACAGGGAAUCGCAAGCGUUACUGUGAUAUCAGUCUCAGUACCGGAGAUUUAAUUGUUGCAGACAGGAUCGACCGAGAGGGGCUUUGUGGCGAAAAGCUGUCCUGUGUCAUAAAACGCGAUCUUGUACUGGAGAAUCCUCUGGAGCUGCAUCCGUUCAGUCUUCACAUUCAAGAUAUUAAUGAUAAUUCCCCACAAUUUAAGGAAGAAUCGAUUAAUAUAGAAAUUAGAGAGUCUGCAGACAGGGGAGCUCGUUUUGUGAUAGAGGAGGCCCACGAUGCGGAUGUAGGACAAAAUUCAGUUCAACAAUACAGCCUGAAGAAGAAUGAACAUUUCAUUUUGGCUUCUAAUGGAAACACAAUAGAGCUUGUUCUUGAUAAAGAGCUUGAUCGUGAAAAACAGCAAGAGAUCAAUCUGCUCCUUACAGCUUUAGAUGGUGGCUCUCCUCAGAGAUCAGGUACUGUAGUCAUACACGUCACUGUGCUGGAUGCUAAUGAUAACGCCCCAGUGUUUAGUCAGGCCGUUUAUAAAGCCCGUCUGCCUGAAAACUCUCCUUUAGACACUGUGGUGGUCACAGUGAGUGCAACUGAUGCAGAUGAGGGAGUCAAUGGAGAUGUAACCUAUGAAUUUGGACAUGUUUCAGAAGAUGUGAAGAAAGUUUUUAGUAUUGACCGUAAAAAUGGAAAAAUAAAAGUAAAUGGUGAGAUUGACUUUGAAAGUGUUACAACCUAUGAUUUGCGCAUUAAAGCUAAAGAUGGUUUAGGAUUAUCGUCAUACACAAAGGUAACACUUGAUGUCACAGAUGUCAAUGACAACAUACCUGUAAUCUAUGUGAAAUCUCUGGCAAAUCCAGUACCGGAGAAUGUGUCACCUGGUACAGAGGUGGGCAUCAUUAAUGUGCAAGAUGCAGAUUCUGAGAAUAACCAACAGGUCCGCUGCUCCAUUCAGCAAAACGUCCCUUUUAAGUUGGUUCCUUCUAUUAAAAACUAUUAUUCUCUGGUGACCACAGGACAACUGGACCGUGAACUAGUGUCUGAUUACAACAUUACAAUCACUGCCACUGACGAGGGCUCUCCACCUCUGUCCUCCUCUAAAACUGUUCAGUUAUCUGUAGCAGACAUCAACGACAACCCACCUGUGUUUGAGGAACAGUCCUACAGCGCAUAUGUGACUGAAAAUAACAAACCUGGCUCCACUUUAUGUUCCGUUACUGCUCGAGACCCCGACUGGAGACAAAACGGUACAGUGAUUUAUUCUCUGUUAGCUGGUGAGGUGAACGGUGCCCCGGCGUCUUCCUAUCUGUCUGUCAACGGAGACACGGGGGUGAUCCACGCUGUGAGGUCGUUUGAUUAUGAACAGUUCAGGAGUUUUAAAGUCCACCUGAUGGCCAGAGACAAUGGUUCUCCUCCGCUCAGCAGCAACGUGACCGUCAGUGUCUUCAUAUCUGAUGUGAAUGACAACUCUCCUCAGAUACUGUACCCCGCCCCUGAGGGCAACUCGUUCAUGACCGAGCUGGUCCCCAAAGCUGCACACGGAGGCUCUCUGGUGUCCAAAGUGAUAGCGGUGGACGCGGACUCCGGACAGAACGCCUGGCUGUCCUAUCAUAUAGUCAAAUCCACUGAUCAGGGACUUUUCACUAUUGGUCUCCACAGUGGAGAGAUCAGGACACAGCGGGACAUUUCCGAAUCAGACAGCAUGAAACAGAAC